AUGAUGUCGUACCUUAUCCUUCUUGCUUGCAUGAGCAAGUCUUCUAUCGAGGACUGGGAUGCAAGUGCACGUGUUUUCGUAUGGGAUGUGGCUGGUAAGCGAUAUUUCGACUUCCUUGCUGCAUAUUCGGCUGUUAACCAGGGUCAUUGUCAUCCUCGUAUCGUCGCGGCCGCCGUAAACCAGCUGCAGCAACUCAGCUUGACGUCGCGCGCUUUCUUCAACGACGUCCUCGGCGAGUACGAGGAGUUCUUGGUGAAGAAGUUCAAAUACGAGAAAGUGCUGCCGAUGAACACCGGUGUUGAGGCUUGCGAUUCGGCCGUAAAGCUUGCACGUCGAUGGGCAUACGAUGUGAAAAAGGUACCAAACAACCAAGCCAAGGUUGUAUUCGCAAAUGAAAAUUUUUGGGGUCGUUCGAUCGCUGCCGUUUCAGCGUCCACAGAUCCUGAAUCGUACGGCGGAUUCGGACCGUUUGUACCAAUGUUCGAAAAAAUUCCUUACAAUGACUUGAAAAGCCUGGAGAAGGGCAUUUCCGAUCCGAACACGGCUGCCUUUAUGGUUGAACCGAUUCAGGGUGAAGCUGGCGUAGUUGUACCAGACGAUGGAUACUUGAAGGGUGUUGCUGAGUUAUGCAAGAAGCACAAUGUGCUUUUCAUUGCUGAUGAAGUUCAAUCCGGAUUGGGGAGAACUGGAGAAUUGCUGGCUCACUAUUACGAGGGUGUUCGUCCAGACAUUGUGAUUCUCGGCAAGGCACUUUCAGGUGGUGUCUAUCCGGCAUCCGCUGUGCUAUGUGAUGACCACAUUAUGUUGAAUAUAAAGCCGGGUCAACAUGGCUCCACCUACGGAGGAAAUCCCGUCGCAUGUCGUGUUGCGAUUGAAGCCCUUAAGGUGAUUGACGACGAGCGCCUCGUAGAGAAUUCGGCGGCUAUGGGCAAAAUCCUGAUGGCGAAAUUGAAGACGCUACCGAAGGACGUGGUAUCCGUUGUGCGUGGACGUGGCCUAUUCUGCGCUGUCGUUAUUAAUCCUAGUAUGAUUUUCAUUGUACUAUAUUUUAUAGCGUAUUCAUAA